AUGGCCUCUCCCACCGAGAAACCCACCACCGGCACCGGCGGCUCCAUCCCCGGACCCGGAGACGGCGGCCUCCCCCACCACCACCAAAACCAAAACCAGAACCAGAACCAAAGCCCUCCCAGCACCUCCCACCGAACAGGCCUCCGCAUCCGCGACUGGGUACGCUCGCCCGCGUCCGGGGAGACCCGCCAUCACCAUGAUGAUCCUACCUCCACCACCUCCACCCCCUCCGCAACCGCCGCCGCCGCCGCCGCCGCCGGGCCGGACUCGGACCCGGCUCCGGAACGGCACCGCGCGCCGCGCCACGACCCCUGCAUCUUGCCUGCGCUGGCGUUCUCGCUGGACAUGUUCAACAAGACGGGCAUGCAGUACGGCGUCAACGAAGUGCUGCUGGCUUCGGUGCUCGGCGCCGUCGUGUUUUCUGUGCUCGCCUGUCAGCCGCUGGUCAUUGUCGGUGUGACGGGGCCGAUUACCGUAUUUAACUACACCGUCUACGAUAUCAUGAUGCCUACUGGCACCAACUACCUGGCCUUCAUGUGCUGGAUUGGGAUAUGGUCCCUCAUCUUUCAUUGGAUCCUGGCCGUCACCAACUCGUGCAACUGGCUGCGCUACGUGACACGCUUCCCCUGCGACAUCUUCGGCUUCUACGUCGCCUUCAUCUACCUGCAGAAAGGGAUCCAGAUCCUCGAGACGCUCGGCGACCACGAGCCCUUUUACCUGUCCGUCGUGGUGGCCCUGCUGGUCUUCGCCAUCGCCUACAUCUGCGGUGAGCUCGGCCAGAGCAGCCUGUUCAAGCACCCCGUGCGCGUCUUCCUCAAGGACUACGGCACCCCCCUGACCGUCGUCUUCUUCACCGGCUUCGCCCACAUGGGCAAGAUGAAGCACAUCCCGCUCGAGACCCUGCCGACGGGGAUCGCCUUCAUGCCGACCGUGGCCGAGCGCGGCUGGUUCGUCCACUUCUGGGACAUCCCCGUCGGCGACAUCUUCAUCGCCAUCCCCUUCGCCGUCUUGCUAACCAUCCUCUUCUGGUUCGACCACAACGUAUCCUCCCUCAUCGCCCAAGGAACCGAAUUCCCCCUCCGCAAACCCGCCGGCUUCCACUGGGACCUCUUCCUGCUCGGCCUCACCACCGGCAUCGCCGGCCUCCUUGGGCUGCCCUUCCCCAACGGCCUCAUCCCGCAAGCCCCCUUCCACACCGAAUCCCUCUGCGUCACCGAAGUCGUCCCCGCCACCUCCCCCUCCUCCUCCUCCUCCACCAACACCACCACCAACGACCCCCCCAAACCCCACCCCACCCCCAGCAACACCCCCGGUGGUGGUGGCGGCUUCACCUUCCGCGCCACGCACGUCGUCGAGCAGCGCCUGUCCAAUCUGGCGCAGGGCCUGCUCACCCUCGUGGCCAUGACCGGCCCGCUGCUGACGGUGCUGCACCUGAUUCCGCAGGGUGUGCUGGCGGGGCUGUUCUUCAUCAUGGGGUUCCAGGCGCUGGCGGGGAACGGCAUCACGGCCAAGGUGUUGUUCCUGGCGCGGGAUCGCGCGUUGACCGAGGGGGGGCAUCCUCUGCUUGGUGCGGGAGGGGGGGUGCGGAGGGACGGUGGGCGGCGGUGGGGGUUUCCGGUGGUGAUUUUUGCGCUGAUUUCCCGUGCGGGCGUUGGUGUUGCCGCGGUGGUUGGACGGCGGAGAGAGUUGGCGGUCUUGGAUGAGCCGACAGCGAGCCCGUUUACGAUGGAGAGUGUGGGGGGUUCGUUUGGUGGGCCGGUGGGGGGUGGUGGUGGUGGUGUGUUGGAUGAUCGUGAUGAUGGCGGGAAAGUGUUUAGUGGGGAGUCGGGGGAGGAGACGGAGCGGGUGGGGAGGAAGAAGGAAGACGAGGGUAUCGGUGGCCGUGGUGGUGGUCGGGCUCGCGAGGGGCGGAGCGACGAGGAGCUUGCUGAGCUUGGGGAGAGUCGUUCGGGAGUCGUGAGGCGGCGGUUGAGCACGCUACAUCGCGAGGGGAGUGCGUAG